UCUUGAAACCCAAUGGCAUCCCUUUCAGGAAAAGGUCAUAAAAUCACAUAAGUAUGUAUCCCUGGCACCAGGGACGGACUGACAACUCAUGGGGCCUCCGGGCAAUAGGGGAUCAUGGGGCCCCUGUGCCCUUGCCCAAACUCAAAAAAAACCUGUGAAAAAGGUACCAGGGGAAUCUCAUGGGGCCCCCUACUGACCCUGGGCCCUUGGGCAGUGCCCAAUUUCCAAAUGGUCAGUCCGCCCUUGCCUGGC